UUGGCUGAGAGGGAGCUCCAUGCCGACAGGUCGCACUUUGGGCGAAUCCACGUGCAUGUUGCAGAAUGGACGGACAGGACAGCCUCUGAGGCUCCGCAGACUUCCUCCUAUACCCAACACUGGAGGAGAAAAAUGGGACCCAAGAAAACCCUGAAACACAGACUGUCAAACGACACAGAAAGAGAGUUUGGAGGAACUCUGGGUGCCGUGUGCAUUCCCGUUUUCCUCCCACUGACCGUUCUCUUCUUGAUCUGUGUGAGCCAAUCACCGGAGGCCAGCGUCCUCCAGUGGCCCCCCUGCAUCCCCUCCACCGACCAGCUGUGGGACCCGCUGGCUCCCAUUCUGCUGCUGGGAUGGAUCGGACUGCAUGCCCUCCUCUACUUGCUGCCGUUAGGAAAGGUUUCUGAUGGAUUAGCGCUGAGGGACGGAAGCCGCCUCAAGUAUCCCAUAAAUGGUUUCCACGGCCUGUGCAUCAGCGCCGUGUUGCUGUCGGUGUUGCUGGGGCUCGGCGCUCCUCUUGCAUAUCUGUUUGAGCUGCUGGUGCCGCUGGCGGUGUCUGCCAUCGCCGUGUCGUUCCUGUCCUCCGUCUACCUCUACGUCCGCUCUUUCUGGGCUCCCUCCCAUGCUCUGGCCCUGGGGGGAGACACAGGGAAUCCCCUUUAUGACUUCUUCAUUGGGCGGGAGCUGAACCCUCGGAUCGGAAACUUUGACCUCAAGUAUUUCUGUGAACUCAGACCAGGUCUGAUUGGUUGGGGGGUCAUUAACCUCGGGAUGCUGAUGAAGGAGGCGGAGCUUCGCGGUUCUCCUUCCCUCUCCAUGAUCCUCGUCAACUGCUUCCAGCUGCUUUAUGUGGCAGACGCUUUAUGGAACGAAGAGGCCGUUCUGACAACAAUGGACAUUGUGCAUGAUGGCUUCGGGUUCAUGCUGGUAUUUGGCGACCUGGCCUGGGUUCCUUUCACCUACGGCCUGCAGGCUUCCUUCCUGAUUGUUCACCCACAGAGUCUAUCUUUGCUCACGGCGGCGGCCAUAGUUGCCCUCAACGGUGCUGGGUAUUACAUUUUCAGAAAAUCCAACUCGCAGAAGAACCAGUUCAGGCGAGACCCGACUCACCCCAGUGUUUCAGGACUGGAGACCAUCGCCACAGCAACAGGGAAACGGCUGCUGGUGUCAGGCUGGUGGGGCUUCGUUCGUCAUCCCAAUUACCUCGGCGACCUCCUUAUGGCGCUGGCGUGGUCCCUGCCAUGUGGCUUCUCUCAUCUCUUGCCAUAUUUCUACGUGGUUUACUUCACCGUCCUGCUGGUUCACCGGGAGGCCCGGGACGAGAGGCAGUGCAGGGCCAAGUACGGACUCGCGUGGGACGCCUACUGUCGCCGAGUUCCCUACAGGAUCUUCCCGUACAUUUACUGAAAAAGGACAACAUGCUGGAUUUUUUUAAAUGCUGGUGCACAACCUCAGUUUACACAGAACCAGAAUGUCAAAUUUAAUUCACACAAACUAGAAGUGGAACCUGCUGGUUGAGAUCAAUGUUUACAUCGGAACUGGUUUAGAUGGUAGAGAACUGUAUCAAAUUAAAUUCUGAUUUUAUAAACCUAA